CUGAGUCUGGAGCAGCAGCAGCGGUGGAAGCCUCACUGCCUCUCCUCGCCUCACCAGUGCGGGAACCACAGCAGCAGGAGAGCGGAAUGGAUACGGAAGGGAGCCAGAGCAGCCUGUCCUCCGGCACGGACAACUCCCCCCACGACCCCUGCAAAAUGUUCAUCGGGGGUCUGAGUUGGCAGACAACACAAGAAGGCUUGAGAGAGUACUUCUGCAAAUUUGGCGAGGUGAAGGAGUGCAUGGUGAUGCGGGAUCCCGUUACCAAGCGGUCGAGGGGGUUCGGCUUCGUUACAUACGCAGAUCAGGCCGGUGUGGAAAAGGUUUUGGCACAAAACAGACAUGAAUUGGAUUCCAAAACGAUCGACCCAAAGGUGGCGUUUCCCCGCCGGGCUCAGCCUAAGCUUGUGACCAGGACAAAGAAGAUCUUUGUCGGAGGACUUUCAGUCAAUACGACCAUCGAAGAUGUGAAGCAAUACUUUGAUCAGUUUGGAAAGGUCGACGACGCUAUGCUCAUGUUCGACAAAACGACCAACAGACACAGAGGUUUCGGUUUUGUCACUUUUGAAAAUGAAGACGUGGUUGAGAAAGUUUGUGAGAUCCAUUUCCACGAGAUCAACAACAAAAUGGUGGAGUGUAAGAAAGCCCAGCCCAAAGAAGUAAUGACGCCGACAGGCUCCGCCAGGGGCCGCUCCAGAGUGAUGCCUUAUGGGAUGGACACCUUCAUGCUGGGCAUCGGCAUGUUAGGCUACCCAGGUUUUCAGACUACUACCUACACCAGCCGCAGCUACUCUGGAAUAGCACCCGGAUACACUUACCAGUUCCCAGAGUUCCACUUAGAGCGGACCCCCCUUCUGACAUCAUCCCACCCCCCUGAGCUGGCAGCCAUUCCCCUCACUGCAUACGGACCAAUGGCGGCAGCGGCAGCAGUAGUCAGAGGCUCCACCCCUUCACGCACAGCUGGCUUUCUGGGCACCAGCAGCCCCGGACCAAUGGCCGACCUGUACGCUGCAGCCAACCAAGACUCAGGAGUCAGCAGUUACAUCAGCGCCGCUAGCCCCGCCCCCAGCACAGGGUUUGGCCAUGGUCUAGGGGGUCCUCUGAUCGCCACUGCGUUUACUAAUGGCUACCACUGAGGAGGCUCAGGUCACAGAGGAUCGGAGGGCUCCUCCUCUGUCUGCUGUUGUGCCAAUCAGAACGCUGGCUGCCCUUUGAUAGCGCAAUCUGAUUGGCUGGCUACAGGUCUCUACUGGGCUCUCCUGGCACCACGUGGCUCCACCCACCGACUGAAGAUCUUUUUAAAAACCAGAACUCUUGUUUUGCUGUACUAAUCUCACUUCGACAUAAUGUCCCCGGUUCUUCUCUUCUUUUUUUUUCUCGUCCUCAUGUAGUGCAACACACUAGUUCCCGCACAUCCCACCGUCUUUCCUCGACUACAAUUUCUUUCUCCUAUUGAAGCUGAGAGGAGGAACUUGCAAAAAAAAAAAAAUGUUUGAGAAGCUGUUGGAGUAGGACAAAGAGGAACUGUUUAGAUUCAUUUUUUUAAAUGAUUUUAUUAUAAUGUGAUGUGCUAUUUUAUCAUGAAAUCUUUCAGAAGCUGUUACUGAUGUGGUAAAAAAAAAAAAAAAAACAAGAAAAAGACGUGUGAGAUGCGGGCAUUUUUUAACAAAGGAAGAACAAACCUGACAAAAAGUCCUUUUUUACGCUGCAACUGUCACUGAAAACACAGAUGAAAAAACAAAACAAAAAAAAACAGAACAAAAAUGUAUAUUUUGGUAGUCUUUAAAAACAAAAACCUUUGUAAUAUUGUUAUUAAUAUUGACAUAAUAACGAUAAUCUGUAAGGUAUUUUACUCUGUAAUUGGUUUUAAAGCAAUGUUUUUAUGUCUUCCUGUAAGAUAUUGUACAUAGAGGCAGGGAGGGCGGGGUGGAUGGCGGGUUCUCAUUGGUUGGUUUUGACUGGAUGUCAUGUGCUACUGUCUGCGAGCAUCUCACUACUUUAACAGCAUGCAUAUGGUUAAAUGUGCAUACUGUGGGGCCAGUACGCUCUUGUGUCACUUCAGCGCAGUGCUGAAAUGCGCACGUUUAGGAGUUCAUCUGGUAUAUUUUCUCCGUUAAUUGACCAAAUCAUCCCUUUAUUUUUUGCUUUACUUUACUAAGAGUCCAAAGUUUGACUCUUCCAUCUUCAUUCAACUUAAGUUGAACACAAUGGACAUCAGGAAUAAAGGAAAAGUAACACCUUAAAGCAAUAGAAGAAGCAGUGCAGGGCUAAAGUACAUUCAUUAGGAUCUAAUUUGGCCUAUUUUUUUUAAUUCGUUUGGUUAGUAACAAACUUGUCACUUCUCUUGACUGCAAUGAAGAAAGUCGUCCCUUUUUCUCGCUUCACUCCUUCAAAAAUGCAAGCUGGGCUUCUGUGACAAAUCACUAACAAUCUUAAAGCUGUAGGAAACGCUUUGUGGCGGAUUGCUACUCACAACAAUUCAAGGAGUUGACAUGUUCGCAAAGUCGCCCCCUUUUUUCUGUACUUCCUUAAAAAAAAAAUGCAUGUUUGCAUUUUUCCAUAUUCACAACACUUGUUUUAGUUCAACACAUCACACUUAUGGCAGGAUAACCUUAAAGCAGGAGGAAAAUGGAAGUGCAGUGCCGUUCUCCUCAAGUACAUUUUCAGGAUACUUUUAGGCAUAUUUGCUCCAUUAAUCAAUAAAGUCGUCUGUUUUCCACUUUACUUCUUCAGAUGUGCAAGUUUGACUCUUGCAUCUUCAUGCUACCUAUUUCAGCGAAACACAACAGUCUUGUGGAAAGAAUAACAACCGUAAAGCAGGAGAAACUAGGGAUUCAGGGGGGGAACAGGGGUUCGGCUUGACUUCCUCUUUUUGAAAAUAUUAUAUAUAUAUAUUUUUUGAGCGGUUCUCUUAAUGUUUCUGUUUUUCUGCUCUCUUAUUGAAAUAAAUGUUUCUUUUUAUGCGGUGUUUUCCACCGUGACGACAAAUGAAGUACAUUCUCAGAGAACACAGUUGUAAAAAAAAAAACAGAGAAAAAACAAACUAACCACGAUCCUGUUUUGUCCUCUUUAUCACUGUUUGAAGGUGCAUGUGGUUGCGUCUGAGCGCGUGUGAGUCCGUGUUUGUGCGCAUACAUCCAGAGUGUAAUAUGGAACUACUUCUGGCAGCGGAGGAGCAUUUUGAUUGCCUUUUUUUUUCUUUGGUACUGAGAAAAACAAAAAACAACAAAAAAAGAGAGAGAGAGAUCACCCUGUUCCGUUUUGGCUCGCCUGACUUUCUCCUGAAUUUGUGCUUCUCUGCAACCAACAUAUUAUUGUUUUAGUUUGAUGCUGCUGCUCCAUGUGGUGGUGAACAGGCAGAGCCCAGGGAGCCAGGAGCGGAACAGGGUGACGCUCCCAGCCGCUUCUGAUACGGAGGCUAUGAACAAGAAGACUCUGGCUGGCAGAAAAAGCAGGAAAGCUGGAGCAGAUUUGCAAACACAAGCCUGUUCAGCCUCCACUUUUUUCUGGCACAGAAAACUUUCCUGGUGCAGCCAGUAGCUCCCCUGUCAGACAGGCUGGGACAUGGUUUUAAAAAAAAAGAGAGAGAGAAAGAAAUAGAAACUACUGCUGGACACCAACACUGUAACUUUUUAAACGUACAAUAAAGCAAUAAGUUAUUUUUUACCUUACAAAUGAAAAUAGUACUAUUAUUGGUAAUAGCAGACAAGAAGUGGAAAAUUCUGCGGCAUUAAGACUUAUUUUCUGGAAAAAGUGAACUAUAUUUUUCUGUUUUGAGAUGUUUCUUCCCCUUGUAUAUUGCUUUUAAAGAUGCCUUUUGUUUUGGUGAUGUAUGAAAAAGGGCCAAUAUUUGGUGUGGAGCUCUGUGUGAGCCUGGGUAAAAAUUCAGACUGUCUCUCGCCAAGCUUUCUUUUUUUAUUUUUAUUUUAUUUUAUUUUUUUUGUUUUCUGACUAUUUCAAUUUGAAGUUCCUAAUAAAUUAUUCUAAAGCAA